CUUGUUCACGAUUUGUCAGUGUUCCAUUCCGUCUACGGACGUCUGUCAUCAUCAGCCAUCAGAGACGAAAAAUGGAUUAGUUUGGUUUUAUUGUCUGCGCAGAGUGACAACUUGUUUAGUAGUCGUGUCGGGGUCAUUUCCGAGAAGUGACCUCUCUGAAGCUGGUUGGGCUGUGGCGUAGAAAGCAAGCCAUAGACCGUAGAGUACACCGAUCGUAGAUUGUCGUGACGAAAUCGGACAAACAAAUCUACACAUCCAAGAUGACGAAUAUGAGGCCACCGAGCAAAAAUGUACUACUGAAGGUAGUAAUUCUAGGCGAUGGCGGGGUAGGUAAAAGUUGCCUAAUGAAUCGGUUUGUGUCGAACUUUUUCGAUGCAAACAGUUUCCACACCAUCGGGGUGGAGUUCCUCAACAAGGACAUCCAGGUGGAUAACGAACGAUUCACGCUGCAGAUUUGGGACACCGCCGGCCAGGAACGCUUCAAGGCCCUGCGAACUCCCUUCUACCGGGGCUCGGACAUCUGCCUGUUGGCGUACGCGGUGGACGACAAAUCCAGCUUCCGUGCGCUCAUCCAGUGGCGCGAAGAAUUCCUCAAAUACUACGACGUCAAAGCGGACCGCUUUCCGUUCAUCGUGGUCGGAACGAAAAGUGACAUCCCGGUGGCCCAGCGGCAGGUCACGGCCGAGGAGGUGUCCGAGUGGUGCCAGGAGCAUCACGUGGCCGCGUUUAUCGAAACUUCGGCCAAAUCGUCGGAGAACGUGUACGAAGCGUUUGCGCUGGCCGUCAAGCAGUGGCAAAAGCUGGAGAAGUGUACGGAACGGGAGCUGCGCGCCCAAGGCCACGACACGAUCGAUCUGACCAAGGGGGUGAAUUUGAGCGCGAAUACGAGCCGGUUUUGCUGCAUCGGAGGAAACGUGGGCAGUGGACAUCCCGUGCCGGACGACGACGAUUAUCCGAAUUAAUGAAGGCAACGAUGAAGACACAACAUAUUUUUUGUAAGAAACGCGUGACUGCUGGUCGUGAAAUCGUCGACAUGUGAUAAGUGAUGAAUACACACACACAAAAGAUACCCAGAAUGAUUAGGGAGGGCGGGAGUAGUGAGGGCAAAAAUUGGUAAGAUAUAUUAUACUCCAAUAUUUUUUAUAUCAAGGCAUGUUUACACACAUCUUCCCCAGUCAGAAUAAUAAACGAUUCUCAGCUUUUAAACACGACAAAACACACACACACAAACAAGCUCUGUUUGAGCACCUGCUGCUGUCAGGCUGCUUAGGCUGAGGUAAAAUCAAUUGUAAGUGUGCAAAGAGCACUCCACACGCAGCAAACGAAUUGGGGAAGAAUCUAACGCACUCAGAUUUGAAUCGCGACUACAAGCAUUGGCAAGGAAUGUCACAAUCAAACAUAUGCAGGCCAUAUAUAGAGUAAACGAAGAAACGAAAAAAAAAUAUUGUAACAAUUCAAUUUUACCAUUCCGCACCUUUAAUUUUCUUUGUUGCAGACGAACUGCCCUCGUUGCGGUUAUUGGUACAAAUUGAUAGUUUAAAUGUAAAAUCAGUCAACUGCUUUGCACACAUUCCAGAAUACGUAGAUCUUUAAUUUGAAGAAAGCAAUAGAAAUGAGAUUACUCCACUCUGCAAUGAGGUUUCAACCGUGCUAAACAACUCUGCUAGGAACCAACUGCUUGAUGUCGCCUUUGUUGCAUUCCACUUUAUGUUUAUACUUUUGUUAUUUACAUGUUUAUUUAGACGUAUUUACACUCUGCUCCUUGUUUACAAUCACCGUAAUAGACAAAAUGACUAGUUUUGUGUGACUUUUCUGGCACCGCUCUAAACACUCCUUUUUUUCGGUGGGGGAAGUUUUAAUAUUUUUCACACACCGUCGUCACCCGCAAAUUACUGUAUUACUCCGAAUCGGAAGCAGACAAGUUUCACGAUGUGCUUGCAUACAGAAGCAUGGUACUACAACCAAUACUAAUCAUUAGGCCUUUUAUUGCAAAAUAGGUACUUGCUGCACUCGCGUUGAUUGGCUCCGAUCAGAUUCAACAACACAAUUCUCGUAGCUCAUGUGAAGCAGCGUAAUUAAUUUAUAACAAAUUUGUAAGAUAAGCGAGAUUUUGUUUUACAAUAUAUUUAAAAAUCAAUUUAACAAUAAAAUAGUUUCACCGUAA